AAUAAAGUAGUUUAAAACGGGUGAGUAUAGUCCCGAAGCAAAGACCCAAAAAGAAGAGAGAAAAUAAUGCAGAAAAGCCAGAACCAAAACCAGAAGGCGGAGAGGCGAUGGCCCCUGGGGCUGGUGGUGAUGGGGCUGAUCGGCGGCGCGUCGCUGGUGUUCGUGGUGCUGGGGAGGAACAGCUCGGCGCCGUUCCUGUGCGGCGCGUGGGGGAGACGCCCCACGGGUCCGGCGACGAGCCUCCAGCUGGACGCCAUCCUCCACUACGCGACGUCGACGGUGGUGCCGCAGCAGUCGUUGGGCGAGAUCUCCGUCACAUUCGCCGUCCUCCGCUCGGUGGGGCCCGCCAACUUCCUCGUCUUCGGACUCGGGCGCGAUUCCCUCAUGUGGGCCGCCCUCAACCCACGUGGCAGGACGCUAUUCCUGGAGGAGGACCCCAAGUGGGUCCACACCGUCCUAAAAGACGCCCCUGCCCUCCGCGCCCACACCGUCCACUACCGCAACCAACUCUCCCAAGCCGACGACCUCCUGCACCAUUUCCGCUCCGAGCCCGAUUGCUCGCCGCAUAAAUCCUUCAUACGUGGCAACGAUAACUGCAGGUUAGCGCUGAACAUGCUCCCCGACGAGGUCUACGACAACGAGUGGGACCUCAUAAUGAUCGACGCGCCGCGGGGCUACUUCCCGGAGGCGCCGGGGAGGAUGGCGGCGAUAUACUCGGCGGCGGUGAUGGCCAGGAACCGGAAGAAACCGGGCGUCACUCACGUCUUCCUGCACGAUGUCGACCGCCGGGUCGAGAAAAUGUACGCGGAGGCGUUCCUCUGCAAGAAGUAUCUGGUCAAGGCGGAGGGGAGGCUCUGGCACUUCGAGAUACCGCCAGCCGCUAACCUCAACAGCGACUUCUGCUAGGGUGCGCUUCCCGGCCACCGACAUUUUUAUUUCAAUUUUUAACAUCUUCUUUCACAUGGAGCGGUUUUCAGAUUGUCGCUCCCUUUUUCUUUUUUUUUUUACUGUGCUGUCAAAAUCAUGGGUAGCUUAGUAUGAGUAAGAUAUAGUUAUAUGCAAUAAAUACAUUACUUUAUUUUAUGAAGAAAA